AGCGGCCCCGCCCCCGAGCGCCCCGCCCCGAGCGGCCCGCGGGCCGGCGUCAGGCUCCCGCGCCCCGGCGGUCUGCGCCGCCGCCGCUAUGUACCCCGCGAGCCCUCCGGCCGGCCCGGCCCCUCACUUGGCCCAGCACUGCGACCGCUGUCCCCCGCCCGGGCGCCUCGUGGAGCCACCGCGGACCCCCUUGGCCUCCUCGGACUCCGUCGCGCGCCCGCCGCACGCCGCGCCCGGGCCGCGGCCCCGCGUGGCAGUGAAGAUGGCCUUCCGCAAGGCCUACUCCAUCAAGGACAAGCUGCAAGCCAUCGAGCGCGUCAAGGGCGGCGAGCGUCAGGCCAGCGUGUGCCGAGACUUCGGCGUGCCCGGCGGCACGCUGCGCGGCUGGCUAAAGGACGAGCCCAAGCUGCGCUGGUUCCUGGACCAGCUGGGCGGCGAGGUGGGCACGCAGCGCAAGAAGAUGAGGCUGGCCAACGAGGAGGAGAUCGACCGCGCCGUCUACUCGUGGUUCCUCACGCUGCGCCAGCACGGCGUGCCGCUGUCGGGGCCGGUCAUCCAGGCGCAGGCCGAGGCCUUCGCGCGCCAGAUCUACGGUCCCGAGUGCACCUUCAAGGCUAGUCAUGGCUGGUUCUGGCGAUGGCAGAAGCGCCAUGGCAUCUCCAGCCAGCGCAUCUACGGCGAGGCCGAGCCCCCGCUUAUUGGACCAGCGCCCGGCCCACCAGUCAAGGAAGAGCCCGCGCAGCCUCCAAGCGGCGCCCCCCUACCCGACCGGGCGCCGGGCGCGCCGCCCCCCGCCGAAGGCGGCUAUGGUGAUGAGCAGAUCUACAACGCCAACGUCACUGGCCUCUACUGGAGGCUGCUUCCGGAGCAGACCGCCCCUCCGGGCGCAGGGGACCCUGGGGCGAGGGUCUGCGGUUGGCGCGCCGACAGGGUGACAGUGCUGCUGGCCGCCAACUUGACGGGCAGCCACAAGUUGAAGCCUCUGGUCAUCGGGCAGCUGCCCGACCCCCCCAGCCUGCGCCACCACAACCAGGACAAGUUCCCAGCCUCUUACCGCUACAGCCCCAAUGCUUGGCUCAGCCGCCCGCUGCUACGAGGCUGGUUCUUUGAAGAAUUUGUUCCCGGCGUCAAGCGCUACCUGCGUCGAAGCUGCCUGCAGCAGAAGGCGGUGCUGCUGGUCGCCCACCCGCCCUGCCCCAACUGGGCCACCAGGAUGCACGCCCUGGAAGAAAGCGAGGAGACCCGUAGGCGGUGCGGGCCAGAGCCCCUAGGCCCCCCGGAGGAGCUGCAAACACCAGAUGGUGCUGUACGGGUUCUCUUCCUGUCCAAGGGCAGCAGCAGGGCACACAUUCCUGCACCUCUGGAGCAGGGUGUGGUGGCUGCCUUCAAGCAUCUGUACAAGCGGGAGCUGCUGCGGCUGGCAGUGUCCUGUGCUAGCGGCUCCCCACUGGACUUCAUGCGCAGCUUCAUGCUUAAGGACAUGCUGUACCUGACUGGCCUCUCCUGGGACCUGGUGCAGGCAGGUAGCAUUGAGCGCUGCUGGCUGCUGGGCCUGAGGGCCGCCUUCGAGCCUGGGCAGCAGUCAGCGCACCAAGCCGAGGAGGCUGCAGAGCACAGUAGGGCGCUCAUCGACCUCACACAUUUGGCUGCUCUGGCCCACAAGCGCCUGGCACCAGAAGAGGUGGCCGAGUGGCUGCACCUGGACGAUGAUGGGGGCCUCCCUGAGGUCUGCAGAGAGGAAGUGAGCCCUGCCUGGCCCCCUGCCUUGGCCCCUCCUGCCCCUCUAUCCCCAGCCAGCCUGCCCUCUAGCAUGGGGGGUGGGGAGGAGGAGGAGGAGGAGGCCACUGAGCGUGGUGGAGGGUUGGCACCCACCGCAGGGGAGGCUGUCUGGGGGCUGGAGACCGCUCUGCGGUGGCUAGAGAGCCAGGACCCCAGUGAGGUGGGACCAUUGAGGCUGGUACAGCUGCGCUCACUCAUCAGCAUGGCCCGGAGGUUGGGGGGCAUUGGACCGUCCCCAGCAGUUGCAGAUGACAGUGUGUGACCACCCUGGCCCAACAGCCUUUUUCCUACAUUUGGAGGGAGAGACAUGCACUAUCUCACAUCUCCCUCUCCUCCCCCUGAGGUGACCCACCCCAUGGGCUCAGGGGUCACUGGGUCCAAGCCCAGCCCAGCUUGGAGGGACUCUUUUGGAGAAGUGUUGUCCUGCCCCAUGGUCUGCAGUCUUCUGCGGGGAGAGCCAAGAGAGAGGCCGUGGCUCACACUCUUCCCUGAGCAGGCACACACAUGGGGUUCCCCUGAACAUACAGGACACACAGGCACAGCACCUGAGAGCAGCCGACUGUGCUUUUGCUCUGGCCCCUGUGGGGCUUGCAUUCUCCGCUCCCCCAGCAGGUGGUGUUUGACUGGAUGAGAGCUUCGCUCCAGUCUGCAGCCCUGGUGCUACUCGGUCCUGUCAUCUCAGUGGGGAAGUAAACCACUCGUUUGCUCUUUUUUUUUUUUUUUUUUUUUUGUCCUAAACACAUUAAAUCUGUUUUUAAAGGUGCUCUUCAGAGGGGGCCAUGAGAACAAGGGCAAUGUAAGAUGGUCUCUGUGUUACUUCUGCCCUUGCUCUAGAGACUACAGGCUCCCGUGGUGCUGGAUCAGGCCGAUUGAUCACAAUGGAGUGGUAAGGGGAGGAUGGACCCAGUACUGAGGUUCCAGAUGCAGCGGGGAUUGUAGAUUUCUGUUCCACUUGGAUUUUAAGUCCUUAAGAAGAUUCCAUUCUGAAUAGAUCUUUUAUUCCAUUGGUUUGGCAAGUGUUGAGAUUUGGACCCUGAUUGAUUUCCCCAUUGGCCCCAGAACACUGUCUAACCCAGGGCUGGGAUCCACAUAACCUACCUCGGAGCAGGCCUGGCAGUGGCAGCCACCUGGGGACAAUCCACAGUGCCUUAGUGCAGCCCCCUUGGGCUCUUUUUGCCCCAGCCACCACCAAACUUUUUCACCUCUUGACACUGCCAGAGUGUGGCAGAGGAGCUGCUUCCGGAAGCCCAGUUUGAGAGAGGAUAGAAAGGGCCAGGUGACUGUCCAGCACCAUGCCAUUCUGUUGCUUUGUCCAGUUCUAGAUUCAGAAAUCUCCCAGUGGUCUGUGACCAAGAGGUGUCCAUGCCUUUUGCUGCUUUGGCAGGGAGGCUGCCCUGAACCUUCGUGAGGGGUCAGGGGCCAGGGCUGAGGAGGACUGCAUGUCCUUACCUGAUGUCCUAGUGGUCUAAGCCUUGAACGCAAGAACGGUGAGUGCAGGGGCCUGUGCACAGACAAUGUUCAUGGACCAGAAGGGCUGUUCACUGGCAAUGGAGCGGCUGGAGAAAGCACCCCCCAAAGUGAGUUCCACCAGGUCUGUGAACAAACAGCUCCUUGGAACUGCCCAGACCCAGGGAAAAAAACAAAAACGUGUUUGUGUUUGUGUGGCACACAUACACAUGUGUAUUGUACAUUUUCCGAAUCAGAGACUCUGGGAGAAAGAAUCAAAGUUCAGUUGUCCAGGUUUAGGUAGCAGCCUCCAUCUAUGCCUGCUGGAACUCAUGUGGCCACCUACAUGUCCAGCCUCCCUGAGCCUGCAGACCUAGAGUCUUCAGUGGUCAGGGCUGACUGAGGAGCCCCCGCCCACGUAGCUGGGCCUGGGCCUCGGGAGACCUGAUGCCUUUACACCAGCAGCCUUCGUACCAUGCAGCACCCAGGCUGGGAGCUGUCACUGCGCCUCAGGUCUGCCUUCAGGGCUCUGGGGAGAAGUGGACCUUGGACAAGGAGCAUGGUCAGGACUGCACCCAGGCCCUGGUGUGCAUGCAGACUAGGUGGCCUCUAGUAGCAGCCCUUUGGCCAGAGUUGGUGUCUAAGAAACCAGGGGUGAGACCUCUUGUUUGCCAUCUGUACCAUGCAUCUCACAAGGACACUCAAGGUCUAAUGGGGUCCAGGUUUGUCCCUUUGGCACCAGCUGACCUCUGUAAACAAGGCAGGUGCAGGCUGGUGGGGUUGUGGGUUUGUGUACUGGCUUUUGCUGGUCCAUGGAACCACCCCAAGAGGGCUCAGAAGGGUGGUCUUGGGCUGGGGAUGUUGCCCAGUGGUAGAGCAUUCGUGAACCCUGGGAUGGAUCCUGGGCACCACAAAAAAAAAAAAAAAAAAAAAAAAAGUGUUGGGAUGCACUGUGGGGCCAUGGGCAGUUUCAGAUGGUUGACCCCUGCUUGUGGAGAAGCUGCUCUGCUCUGUUGCCCAGCCUUGUGGGCACCCCCAGCCAUGGACCUCAAGGACUCCUGGGGGCUCGCAGUGGAACAAAGAUGUUGAGGAGGAAUCUUAGCCCCAGUCAGCUCUGCCACUGGCUCACAGCCACCCCAUCUCUGGGUUCAGCUCUCUCGUGGGGACACCCCAGGGUCUGUGGGUCCCUUUAGAGGGUUGCAUGCUCUCAUGGCUGCAUACCCACCUGGCCUGUGCCCCACUGCUGUUCCCUGUGAGCAUGUGAGUUUGCCACCCCUGGCUUGAGAUAUGGCAAGUCAGCGAGGGGGCUGAAGCUGCAGUUUCCUCCUGGGCUGCAGCAGUGCUAGUGUGGCUGCUCUUGCAGGUAGUGCCCCCUGCUUCUGGGUCAUUACCAGAGCUCCUGGGCUUGACCAGAGAAGAGGCAAAUGCAGGUCAUUGAAGUCACCACCAAGCCACUGUUCCCAGGGGAAGGAGAUAGCUUGCAGCAGUCACAGGCAGCCUUACCCCAGGGGUCUGCAUACUUGGGGUGACUGCCUGAACAUCAGUUGGGCUGUGGAUGAGAGGGAGAGGAGGGGGCGCUCCCUAAGCUGGGUGGAUGGUCCUCCAGGGACCUGAUCCACUUACACUACUUGGUUGGAAUUGCCUGUGGUGAAUCCAGCAGGGCCUGGCAAUCUGGCCCUCACUGGCUGUGCCCAAGGGUGACACUUGACCCCAGCAGUGUAUCCUCAAGACCUUAGGCAUGUGAGGUUCAUGCAAUGUCCAGGGACCCUUCCUCUAGCACUCAGUCUGCUCACAGCUGAGUUCUCAUGGCCACACAGCCCAAUGGCACUUGUGUAAUAAAUGUGGAACAUGUCAACUUUGU